UAGGACCUACCCCUGAUGAGCAACCAUCUGAUUCCCAUACCCCUCUAGCUACAGUAUUUUCUCUCUGUCCCCCUACUGCUCCCUCCCUCUGCCCCAUGCUCUGUGCAUUACUGGCCACUAUUAUGAAUGCCACACCUUUUCUGUCUGACCCUAGUACGCAGACAGAACAUUGCUGACCAAGAGAUUGUGCAGUCACUUUCACAGCCCAGGCUGCUGCUGUGACAACUAAUUAUAAGAACAAGGCUGGCUAUUAACAGACUGAAAGAAAAUAUGACAGCAAAUGAAGAUUACCGUUCUCUUGUCCAUGGUCUCCCUAGUCUGGAUUUUUCUGGGAGCAGUGUGCCCUGCAAACUGCUCCUGACUGGUGAUACUGCAUUCCCAGUGCUUGUGAGUCCUGGACAGCAUGUCCUCAUUGCUGCCUCUAAGUACGGGAAGGGCCGGAUAGUGGUUAUGUCCCAUGAAUCAUAUCUGAACGAACCACAAUUUAUGGCUUUUCUGAAGAAUGCAAUAUCCUGGCUGAAACCAUCCUCAGAAGCAGUGAUUGGUGUUCAUAGUGGCCUGAGUCUCCUUGCACAGACCCUGUCUACCUCUGGUCACAAGGUGGAGAAGAUCACUGGUCUGAAAAAACAUAUAGGAGUUCUCUGUACAGAUGGUUAUAAUGACAGUCAGGCAGAGGAGAUUGUCUCGUUUUUGAAGGCGGGUGGAGGUCUGCUUAUUGGAGCCCAAGCUUGGCACUGGUCUUACCAGCACAAACAAGACAACGUUUUGUACCAUUUUCCUGGCAACAAAAUGACGUCUGUUGCUGGGGUGUAUUUUACCAGCAAUUAUGGAGAAAAAGGAAACUUUAACGUUAGUGAUAACAUGCCAUGGAGCCCAUUCUGCAAUGAUGUGGAUUUCUCUGUAGACUUAAAGCUUCUUCUGCAAGGCAUUACCAAUCUGGACAUCAGUGGUCGGAGUGUUCCCUCAGAACUUCUGCUGCAUGGACCUUUGACAUUUCCAGUUGGGAUGACUGAUGACUAUAAAUGUUUUUUUGGAGCUGCCUACUAUGGCAGAGGGCGUGUUGUUGUGGAGUCUCAUGAAGACUAUCCACUUAAACCUGAGCUUAAGACCUUUUCUAUGAAUGCUAUUUCAUGGCUAGACAUGGGUAGAAAGGGCACGAUUGGUGUGAAUAAGGAACUGGAAGGUCUCUUACAUAUUUUGCAGAAUGAAGGAUUAUCUUCUGUUGAAUCAAACUUGGUUCCUGGACUUAGUGUAUAUUGCUGUACGUCAUACAGUGAUAAGGAGGCAGAACAAAUCCAGCAGUUUGUGGCAGAGGGAGGAGGCCUGCUCAUUGCAGGCCAGUCCUGGUACUGGUCCUAUUCUAAUCCAGAAGUAUUGUCUCAAUACCCAGGAAAUAAAAUUCUCAACAAGUUUGGGAUUAGCAUUCUGCCAAGAAGAGUUGGAGCAGGAAUUUAUGAGGCUUUGGACCCUCAGGAUGCUACUAAAACUUACCAUUUCCCCAGAGCAGUCUGCCAACUGCUGAGUGACCUGAGGAGUGGAACAGAACUGAAGUCCCCUCUAAGCUCUUGGUUAUUAAAGCUCAGACAAAAUGUCUCGGAUAUUAUGAAGCUCCCAUGCAGCCCUCUUCUAUCAUUGCUACAGCAAGAGCUGGUUCACCUUGUACAGGGAUACAGUUUGCCAAACGUUAAUGAUAAGUGUCAAGUGAAAAAUAGCUCAAAAGAGGCUUUCAUGAUGUGCCUGGCCCAAGAAGUCAGCUGCUUGGAUAGUCUGGAUCACAGUGUUGAUUUGCAGAAACCGGUUGUCACAGUGCAGAUUGAUGCAACAAAUCUUGGUGGUGAUGCAUGGAGAAGUACUGGACUCUACCUCCCUCCCAGGACAUCAGCAACACUUGUGUUUCCAGGUUCAGCUGUGGGGAAAGGUCUCCAGGUCCAGGUUGGCUGUCAGUCAGAUGAUCUGAGUGCAGCUGAGACUUUGUCCCGUGCCCCAGUGGUUGUUCGUAGAAAGAAUGUUCUUUGUGAGAAGGUUGUGAUAUCCAGUAUCUGGGGAGGACUUCUGUAUGUUAUUGUCAAAGGGAAAAGCCAACUAGGUAUUGUUCCAGUUGAAGUCUAUGGAGGAGAGCUGGCUCCAACCUUUAUAAAAGGCCAGACUAACCUUUCAUCCUGGGUGAAAACAAUUCGUAAUUUUCCUGCACCUUGGGCUGAGCUAAUAACGGAAAACAUUAUCAUCACUGUCCCCUCUGAUGUAAUCCGCACAUUAGAGAAUCCAGAAGAGCUGUUAUCUCAGUGGGAUAAUAUUAUGAUGGCAAUAGUUGACCUUGCAAUGAUUCCUAAAUGUCUGCGCCCUGAAAGAAUUGUGACAGAUGUGCAGAUCUCAGCUGGUUGGAUGCAUGCUGGAUAUCCAAUCAUGUGUCAUCUAGAGUCAGCAAACAAAAUAACAGACCUUCAGAAUAUAAAGACAGAUGGAAUUUGGGGGCCUGUACAUGAACUUGGACACAAUCAACAACAGCAUGUGUGGGAAUUUCCUCCUAACACCACAGAAGCCACAUGCAACCUAUGGUCUGUAUAUGUACAUGAAACAGUGUUUGGAAUCCCAAGGGAUAAAGCUCACCCAUCCUUAAAUCCCAAAGAGAGAGAUGCUUGUAUCAAGAAUUAUUUGAAGAAUGGAGCUAAAUUGGAAGAAUGGAAUGUAUGGACUGCUCUUGAGACUUAUCUUCAGUUACAAGAGGCCUUUGGCUGGGAUCCCUUCAAACUCCUUUUCUCUGAUUACCAGACAUUGUCAAAUGUCAGCAAUAACAAAAAGGAUAAGAUGAAUCUUUGGGCAGAGAAGUUCUCUCAAGCUGUCAAUAAGAACCUGGCCCCAUUCUUCCAGGCCUGGGGGUGGCCGCUUGAGGAGACUACCAGCAACAAACUGUCCACAUUGCCCAUAUGGGAGGAAAAUCCCAUGAAGAUGUAUGUUAAAUCAAUGUAAAAACAUGAAUUAUAGCAAUUUAUACAUUCACCUGUUAUUGCGCUUUAGUGAAAUCUGCCAUUUAUCAAAAUACUGAAGAUACUUUGUCUAUAGCUUAUGGUUCUUCACAUAAUGGGGCUGAUUCAGUUCCUGAUCGCUAGGCUGCGUUUUCUCCCAGCCUGCGAUCAGAUCUGAACUGCGCAUGUGUAUGCACUGCAAUGCGCAGGUGCAAUGGACUGCAGCAACAGGUAUCAACGGUCAUCGACUGGAUGGUGCAAAAACUCCAAACGCAUCGGGCGAUCGCAAGCAGAUUGACAGGAAGAGGGCGUUUGUGGGAGGCAACUGACUGUUUUUAAGGAGUGUCUGGAAAAAUGCAGGCGUGUCCUGGCGUUGGAAGGGAGGGUGUCUGACAUCAAAUCCGGUCCCGGACAGGCUGAAGUGAUCACAGCGGAUAAGUUCUAGGCUGUGUAGAGACUGAACAGAAAAUCAGUUUGUGCAGCUCUGCUACACAUGCGAUCGCACACUUGCACAGCUAAAAUACACUCCCCAUGUAGGCGGCCACUAUCCGAUCGCAGGGCUACAAAAAUCACUGCCCAGUGAUCAGGUCUGAAUUACCCCCUAUAAUAAUAGUUUUACUAUGCAUAAAGAAGUAGUUAUAUUAUUUGGUGAGGAUUCUGUUCCUGUGGAUUUACAGUAAGUACUCGUGAUAGAAAUGUACAAUUGUUUUUUAUUUCCAUUCUUUAUAUACCUGCUUGCCAAAUCUUGACAUUUAAUUGUUUAUGUAACCUCUGUGAUGCUUCAACACUGUAUCUACACUAUGACCUAUGUUUAUGCUUCAAUAAAGAACAUUUUAUGAGAA